AUGUCGAGCUUUACAGGUUGGACGAAAGAUUUGCUACCAGAGCAAAAAUCUCCAUUCCUUCCAAGCACCCUUGCACCGAGACGAUACCGCUGGACAGGAGCCUUGGUUUUCACCAUUAUUGUCUUAUACCUUCUUCUCAGACAUGACUUUAUUCCUACAGAGUCGUUGAAGGCUUCGGACUCUGACACGUCCAUCGCAGUUGAUUGGUCACAGUUUGCAUACACCCAGUAUGUCACAAGUAGCGAGUACCUUUGUAACUCGGUUAUGUUCUUCGAGGCGUUGGAUCGUCUCUCUAGCCAAGCUGAUCGUGUCAUGAUGUACCCGUCAAAGAUGUUCAAGUCUGAAAACGAUACAUCUCGCGAUAUUGAACUACUGGUCAAAGCUCGUGAUGAGUACAACGUCAAGCUUGUUCCUAUCACAGUUCAGCACAAAGAUAACGCAGAUGCUACAUGGGCUGAUUCAUUCACCAAGCUUCUGGCCUUCAAUCAGACUCAAUACAGUCGUGUCCUAUCCAUCGACUCAGACUCAUUGAUCCUUCAAAAUAUGGACGAAUUAUUUCUUUUGCCACCAGCGCCAGUAGCAAUGCCUAGAGCUUACUGGAUGCUUCCAGACAAAGACAUGCUCUCAUCACAGGUUAUUCUCAUCCAGCCUUCCAAACCAGAGUUCUCUCGGAUCAAAGCCAAGAUAAAUUCAGCUUCCAAAAAUGAUUACGAUAUGGAGAUCGUCAACGAUCUCUACGGCCAUAGUGCACUUGUUCUUCCACAUCGUCCUUACGAUAUGAUUACUGGUGAAUAUCGGGAGGAAAACCAUGCGAAAUAUCUCGGUUCUGAUGCUGAACCUUGGGACCCUGUCGCUGCUUACAAUGAGGCCAAACUUGUUCACUUCUCUGACUGGCCAAUCCCAAAGCCAUGGAUACCGACACCCGAAGACCUUCGCCUUGAGAUACAGCCCCCAUGCAAAUCAAUAAAUGGUAUGGAAGACUGCACAGCGAGGAUGAUAUGGAAUUCUUUCUACACAGACUUUAGGUUGAAGCGCAAGGAGGUUUGUGGGAAGAACUGGUGA